AUGUUACUCCCAUCAGCGAUAGGUUGCGACUCCUCUCUCCAAACGCCAAAGACUAGAUACCAAUCCGCACUCUUCGCAUCACCACCGCUCUCACCACCGCUAUCCUCCUCUCGCCCUACAACAAUCAACAACAUCUACUCAACAUGCCGCGCCCUACAGUCCAUGCUCUCGCCUCCAAAUCAACUUCCCUCUCCACCAACCACACACGCAGAUCCUCCUUCCUUACCAUUCAAGCUAAGACUGCGUGAGCGCAAAGGCGCCGAGGACUCGACAGCCGGGUUCACACCCAGGAAGAAGAUCGCGAAGCGCACGAUCACUGCUCCACCGCGCGGUAUCAACAAGAGGAGGAGAUCUCAGGACGACGAGAUGUCUCGUCAUGAUGUCGAUGAGGAGGAGAGUGAGGAGGAUGAACUGCCCAUGGACCCGACAAACCGACCCAGUACACCUAAACGGAUGCGCUUCGCGCCAGAAAUCAUACCUCUUGGCCUCGAGCGCUCUGAUUUCCACGACUUGCGUUUAGCGGAAGUUGAAGCCCAGAGCCAAGGCGAGACUGUACUUCAAAGUAUAGAAGGAUCCGGAUUCAAGAGCGAAUGGUCGACAGAAGAAGAUCGCCUACUUGUUGAGCUUGUUCUUGAGAAGCUGAAGUUGACCAAGAGCGAUUGGCAGGAUUGCGCGCGGAGUCUGGGAAAGGAUAGGGGAAGCGUGGGGAGGAGGUGGAAGAGUUUGAUGGGUGCUGGGGAUGUUGGACUGAAGCAUAGGCCGAGGAGGGCGGGGAUUCACGGAACGUGGAGAUGA